GCCCUCAUGGGAGCUGGCGACGGGAUCGCCCAGCCGCUGGGGGAGCAGCGGGGACUGACGCUGCCCUUCACCACCCCGCUCCUGCAGGGCCCCGUCGUGGGCGGAUGGUACAGGAUCCUGGAUCAGCUCAUCCCGGGGGCCACCAAAGUUGUGGCUGGGAAGAAGAUGGCCCUGGGCGGCUUUGCGCCGUGUUUCCUCGGCUGCUUCCUCGCCAUCACGGGGGCGAUGAAUGGUCUGUCGGUGGAGGAGAACUGGUCCAAGAUCCAGCAGCCCCUGGAGCCCGCGGCUGUGGACCCUGUCCCCUCUGUCCCCAGGCUGGCCGUCGUCCAGUGCGUUGCCAUCGUCUGGAACUGCUACCUGUCCUGGAAAGCAAAUCGGAUGUGA